UUGUUUUGUUUUCUGCAUUUUAUUGUUAAAUUUUCAUUUUAUGUGAAAACAGAUAAAAAAUGCUGCGAAAGAACAAGAAGCAGCCACAGACGGUGGCUGAGAAGGUUAGCCAAUUGCUGGCUCAUCCCAAUGACAGCGACAGCGAAGAUGAGUCUGAUGUGGACACUUCGGCGCGACUGGCAGAUUUUGAACCGGAGGAAUACGAUUUGCCGGAUGCACGGAGUACGGAAUUCCGUAAACGCAACGUCAAGUUGCUGUCAGAACAAAGCGAUAAAUAUAAGGGAAAGAUCUCUAGUCGCAAGGAAAUGGAAGAUGACGAGGUGUCCUAUGAGGAGAGCGACAGCGAUGAGGAGGCUCUGGCGGCAUUCAAUAAAGAAAUAAAAAGUGCCAGAAAAGAUGUGGACAGUGAAGAUGGGGAUGAAGACGAGGACAAAGAAGACGAGGAUGAAGAUGAAGAAAGUGACGAUGAAAAUGGUGAGGAGGUGGAAAGUGAAGGCGAGGAUGAGGCUGAUAGCGGUGAUGAGGAGGAAAGCGAUGAAGAUGAUUCAGAGGAGGAAGAUCAAACUGACUCAAUCAAUCCAUCUGACAUUAUGUCGAAAACCAAUCAUCAAGCGGAAAUGCAAAAAGGUCUCUGUGUCCAGAACCAAUUGCGCAUAUGGGAGCGCCUUCUGGAGCUGCGUAUCAACACGCAAAAGUUUACCACCAAAGCAAAUCAAUUGCCAUCACCGACAAGCCUAAAAGCAUUUAAUUCUUCUCCCGACCAUCAAGAGGAACUGCAAGCAGUUUUGUCUGAAGCCCAGGAGCGUUCCUCGAAGCUUCUGCAACAGCUUUUGGCCCUGAAGCAGGCUCUAACCCAACAGAAUUCGGAACAUCGUCAAGCUGUCAAACGGAAACCUCUCCCUGAUGACUCGGAACCACCGAUUAAACGAUUUUCUAGCAUUCUUCAAGAUAAUUUCCAACAAUCCCUAAACUAUCGCAAUGAAGUUCUGCUCAAAUGGGAUGAUCGUACCAAAUUACUGACCCCGGGUGCUGGCCUAAAACGUAAAUCCCUGCAAGACGAUUACGAUAUUAUCAAGAAGAUCAACAGCGCCUUGGCCAAUCGUCAGUCUCUGGUGGAAAAGUCCCAGAUACCUAAGAACAACAAUCAGCUAAACAACCCGGACGAGCAGAAAGAACCAGAGCGUCAGCCACAUAUCUAUGAUGACAGUGAUUUCUAUCAUCAGCAACUGCGCGAGCUCAUCGAGUACAAGGCGAGUUCCACAUCCAAUAUGAGUGAGAUUACCAAGCAGUUUGUCGAGCUGCAAAAGUUGCGUCAAAAAAUGAAGAAAAAGGUUGACACCAGGGCUAGCAAAGGAAGAAAGCUGCGCUAUGUGGUGCACAAUAAACUAAUCAAUUUUAUGGCCCCAAAUGAGGCCAGCGAUUGGACUGACAGUUCGAAAUCGGAGCUAUAUAAAUCCUUGUUUAUUUAGGAAUAAUUUAAUAAAAUGUUACUUUAAGUUUGGAUGAGUAAACUAAUGCAAUAUACUUGAUAUAAUUUAAAUGCCCAUAUAUAAUGUUCAAUAUUAA